UGAGGCUAUUGAAACACAUUUAAUAUUCUCCACAAACAAAGACCUAGAAGGAUAUCUAACAGUUUGUUUGGUUUUUUUUUAAUUAAUAUUCUGACAAAAAAUGACCAAGGAAAACUUUUAUGUUAUGCGCUCCGCACCAAGUGAAUACAAUACAGAUAACCUGAAAGAAAAAGUUAAAGAAAGACGCACGGACAGUUACGAAAGAAGCAAACGAAUACCUCUGUCAGAGAGACGCUCGUGGUGUUUGACUGUCUUCGUCCUUCUGCUCUUCAUCCUUUCCCUAGCACUUCUCAUCACGUCUUUUCACAAGAUUUCUAGUGCAAAACAUGAACAAAAGAGACUGAAGGACAAACUGGUAGAGUAUGAAGCACUGGUGAGGAAGCUCCAAGGCAGCAUCAAUAAGACUAGAGGACAAGUCAUCAGCAAGCUAAGUGAGCUUGAAGUGAACAUCACAGAUAUUAUAAAAAACAGCAGUCACUUUCAGAAUGCAAUCCAGAUGAGAUUUGAACAAUCCCAGAAAAACAUCACGGAGCUCCUUAACAAGUCGACUGAGGCGUGGGCAGCCCUCCAAAGUGUCUUUUCCAAUCAAGCAAACAGCUCAGCAGGGUACUCCUAUCAUUUCUGCCCACAAGGAUGGCACAGGGAAUUUACAGACAGCUGUUACUAUUUGUCAACUCACCAAAGAAACUGGAACAGCUCCAAAAUGUAUUGUGAGUCUCAACAAGCGCACCUCGUCAUCAUUGAAGACCGGAAAGAACAGGACUUUAUUUACAAAUGGGUCAGCAACAAAGAAGUCUGGCUUGGAUUUAAUGAUCUGGAGACAGAAGGCACCUGGGUCUGGGUCGAUGGUCUCCCUCGAAAUGAAGUAAUGUUCUGGAAUGAAGGGGAACCAAAUAACAAUGAAGGGAAGGAAGACUGUGGCAGCAUGUGGCCCAAAUCUGCCACUUGGAAUGACUUGCCAUGCACAUUGCAAAAGGACUUUGUGUGUGAAAAGAAGGCUGCUGCUUUCAGUUGUGCUUUUCAAAAUGUGUAACAUGGUGCACCAGUGCCCAAUGGCAUGAUGGCCGCUUGGAAAAGAAGAUCUCAUUUGCCUUAUUUUUUUUUUUACUUUGUCUUUUUGAAUGUCUGAAUUGUACACUUUGCUUUUUUUUUUUUAAAUCAUUUUGUACCCUCUGUAGAUCACAAUACAAUGACCACUAAGGGGUGUCUCGGACAUAACUUUUCCAGGUCUUUUUUUAUUCAUUUUAUGCCUUUACAAUAAGGGCUUCAUCUUCCUAACUAUAAGAACAAGCAUACACACUCAGUUCUUUUUAUUUCUAUUGCUACUCCUUUUCCUCCUCCACCCCUCAAAAGUGACCUUUGUCCUUCUCCUCUCCCAACAUGACCUCUCCUGGCAGGGGCAGAUGGCUUCUUUUUUUAAGCCUGACCCAGAAGUACUUCUAACGUAUCAUUGAUGUAGCCUGGAAGAACUUGUGGGUCAGGCUGGACUGCCACCUGACAGCAGAC